GCGCCAAGAAUUACGGAUCCCUGAGUUCUUUCUUCGGCCGGCUCGCUGUCGAGUGAGCAGCAACAGCGGCACGGGCUCCCCUCUCGAAGCAUCCGCAGCUCCGCGCCUCCGCUUGCCGCAAGUCCGCCUCUCCGCCCGCCAGCACUUCAGACGGCUCCAGCUUUUUCAUCCAACAUGACUGGUGGCCCAGCCUUGUCAUUUGCUCGGUGCCUGCUGAGGAGAAAAAUUGUCACCGGGGACAGUCUUGAAGAUUCCAAGCUAUGCCGCUGUUUAUCAACUGUGGAUCUUAUUGCUUUAGGAGUGGGAAGCACCCUGGGUGCUGGUGUUUAUGUCCUUGCUGGAGAAGUUGCAAAAGCAAAUUCUGGACCUAGUAUUGUUCUUUCUUUCCUCAUAGCUGCCCUAGCUUCUGUUAUGGCUGGACUUUGUUAUGCAGAAUUUGGUGCUCGGGUCCCAAAGACUGGCUCAGCCUAUCUAUAUACAUAUGUAACUGUUGGUGAAAUCUGGGCUUUUAUCACUGGCUGGAAUCUCAUUUUGUCCUACGUUAUAGGUACUUCAAGUGUUGCAAGAGCAUGGAGUGGAACCUUUGACGAACUUCUUGGAAAACAAAUUGGUUAUUUUUUCCGAACCUACUUCAGAAUGAAUUAUUCUGGCUUAGCAGAAUAUCCAGAUUUUUUUGCAGUUUGUCUAAUAUUACUUUUAGCAGGACUUUUAUCAUUUGGAGUAAAAGAAUCAGCAUGGGUAAAUAAAGUCUUCACCGCUGUCAACAUCUUGGUUCUGCUCUUUGUUAUGAUUUCUGGCUUUGUGAAAGGCAACAUUAAUAACUGGAAGAGAACUGAAGAAUUUCUAAUAAACUACACUGCAGAAAUAAGAAAUCUAUCAUCUUCUGAGAAUGUGACAAGUAUAUUUGGAGUUGGUGGCUUCAUGCCAUAUGGGUUUACCGGGACGCUAGCUGGUGCUGCAACCUGCUUUUAUGCUUUCAUAGGAUUUGAUUGCAUUGCAACUACUGGGGAAGAAGUCAGGAAUCCUCAGAGGGCCAUUCCUAUUGGAAUUGUAUCAUCUCUACUUGUCUGCUUUCUGGCCUAUUUUGGAGUUUCAGCUGCUUUGACUCUUAUGAUGCCUUACUACUUACUUGAUGAAAAAAGUCCUCUCCCUGUAGCCUUUGAGUAUGUUGGAUGGGGCCCAGCGAAAUACCUUGUAGCAGUCGGAUCUCUGUGUGCUUUAUCAACAAGUCUCCUUGGAUCCAUUUUCCCCAUGCCUCGUGUAAUCUAUGCUAUGGCAUCGGACGGCUUGCUUUUCAAGUGUCUAGCUCAAAUCAACCCCAAAACGAAGACUCCACUUGUUGCAACUUUAUCAUCAGGGGCUGUCGCAGCUCUAAUGGCUUUUCUCUUUGACCUAAAAGCCUUAGUAGACAUGAUGUCUAUUGGUACUCUUCUUGCAUACUCAUUGGUAGCUGCUUGUGUUCUCAUACUUAGGUACCAACCCAGUUUAAACUAUGAGCAACCAAAAUAUUCAGCAGAAAAAGAGGCCCUUGCAGGAUCAGAAGGUGAAUGUAAAAGUGAAUCUCAAAUUAGCAUGAUACCAACAAAGAGGUUUAAUCUGCAAAUGCUGACUAAUCCAUCAAGUUUACCAACUGAACAGUCUGCUACUGUGGUGAGCCUUCUUGUGGGUCUUUUGGCUGUCCUGGUUUGUGGAUUAAGCAUUCUGACAACCCAUGGAAUUCAUUCACUUGCAAAUUUGGAGCUUUGGAGUAUUUUUCUUCUUGCGUCUUUUUUCAUACUGUUCGGGAUGAUUAUGUUUAUCAUCUGGAGACAACCUCAAAAUCAACAGAAAGUGGCAUUUAUGGUUCCGUUUUUGCCAUUCUUGCCAUCUUUAAGUAUCUUAGUGAAUAUAUACUUGAUGGUACAGCUGAGUGGAGAGACAUGGAUCCGGUUCAGCAUCUGGAUGGCACUUGGACUCCUGAUUUACUUUGCAUAUGGCAUCCGGCAUAGUAAGGAAAGCUGUCCCAAAGAGGAAGAGGAAGAUGAUGACAGCUGCUCAGAAAGAAGUGAAACCUUAGAAAAGAAGCAUAUGGGAGAUACAAGUGAACUUGAACAUGCAAGUGAAAGUGCUCAGUUUAUUCCACAUGAAAAGACAAGUGAAUCUGUUGGUCAACCUGCAAAGAGCAAACGUCCGAAGGAACCUGGAGAGAACCGGAUUAAGCUGAGCAACAAAAAAGUCAAAACCAGAACUCCCAAAUUAAAAGAAAGAAACUCCACAGAGCCUUCCCCAAAAGCCAGCUCCAUAAUGACACGAGUGAUGGAGAAAGGCCACUUCCAGAAACCCACGGCUACAUUAAACCUUUCAACAGGUCAAAGUAUAGAGCUUCGGUGCAAAGGGAAUAAAAUUGGAUGGAGCUACCCUCCUUAUCUUGACACCUUUAACGACACCAGGCUUAGCAUCAAGCAACAUGAAAGGUACAGUCAGCUGAUCCUGGAAAAUGCCACUGCAGCAGACACCGGUGAAUAUAGUUGCUGGCUCCUGCUAUGCAACGGCUACAAUUGCAAGAAGGAUACGUCAAAAAGAGGUUCAACUUACAUAUUUUUUGCAGAUAAAGAAGAGUUCUUUGUUCCUGCUCCCAGCUAUUUUGAAGUGGUCUACCUCAGCCCAGAUAAACCUGCUGUGAUUCCCUGCCGAGUCACCAACCCAUCAGCAAAAGUAACUCUGCACCAAGAGUUUCCAGCAGAAGAGAUCAAAGUGGAUGGAACCAACAUUAUAUAUGAUGCCAAGAAAGGGUUUAUCUACCAACAUCCAACCUCUGAUCAGAAAGGAGUGGUUUACUGCAAAGCUGAAUCACGCGGGACACCUCAGAUUUCUAUUAAAUACCAAUUGCUUUAUGUGGAAAUUCCUUAUGGACCUCCUUCAACUACAAUCAAAGCAUCAUCCAAUAAAUUGCAGGGCGGCAGUGACGUUAAUGUUUUGUGCACAGUUUUGGGGCAGCCAGAUGUAGAAGUGGAAUUUAAUUGGAUAUAUCCAGGGCAAGAGUAUAAAAGACCAGUAAAUAUCCAAGACUCUUGGAGGCUGAUUGAUAGAGGAGUUGGUCAUACUACAAGAAUCUCUGAGAGCAUUAUUACUGUUGAAGAUCUGGAAACCAUUGAUGCUGGAAACUAUGUAUGCGUUGCUCAGAAUCUUCGAGGACAAACCACAGUAGCUACUCAGGUUGAACUGAUCUGAAGUCUCCAGGCAGAUGGAACAAGAAAUAAGACUGUCUAGUUUCUGACCAGCUUUAAAACUGGAAUUGGAAAUACAUGGGACCAAAAUCAUAAUAUAUUGAAUUUUAUAUACAUUAAAACUAAGCAUAUAAAUAUAAAAGAGGCUGGAGACCAAUAUAGUACAAGCAUUUGAAAACUUUGCUGCAGGAAAGAAAUGUAUGGUUCAGAAUUUGCUUCUAUUGUUCACGCCCUUUAGAGAUGUCACCAUUGGGCAUCCGCCUUUGCACAGCUCUUGCCGUAUUUUCACAAUAGAAAUGUUGGCCUUCUUUACAGAGCGUGUUAUAAAGGUUUACACAAUAAUAUAUCACUAUAAAGCACUGAACCUGAUAGUAAUUUCAUAUUUGUGUCUACAUAUGAAUGAUACAUAUUCAAACCUUUUUCUCCAACAAUAAUUUGGAGAGUUAUUAAUUCUUAGAUGAUAAUGUAGUUUGAAUAUGCAAUAUUUUAGUUACGUUCCUUAUGCUUGCUUACAAGAAAAGCAAGCAAAUACACACCUUAAGGUUUAUUGAUCAAGAACAUGUUUCUUAAUAGUUUAUUUCCUUAUCAAAAUAUUAUGUAUCCAUUGCCACCCAUUCCCAAGAGGAAUUUGUUCUUACCUAAAAUAACUUUUCUAUUUUAUACUAUGAAUUUUAAUAGGUCUUGUGGGAUGGACAUGAUGCUUUAGGUAGUAGCAUUUUAACUGAUGUGGUGUCUUUAAAAAAAUUACAUAUUGAAUAAACUGUUUUUCAAGUUUCA